ACUUCCGGGUUAGCGUGCGCCACUACGGCAACACGGAUGUGACGUAUUUCCAAACGCGGAUCAGAUCCUAAGUUUCGGAAGAAACAGACCGAUUCUAGUGUUUGUCAGAGAGCAGGUGGUUCUGGUUCCGAUCCAGAUCUGAGUUCUUCUGGGACCAGAAACAGGUUGCCGGUCUCCACUCCGGCCGGCAGGGGCCGCUGACUCACUGACAACUGAAUAAACGGAACUUCUAUAGCUGCUGAUCCGACCCAGGAGGAUCCGGUUUCGUAAAGAUGAGUGCGGACCUGAGCCGAACCCAGCGAAACCUGCUGGUCUGUGAGCGGUCCAGUUUUCUGGACGAAAAGAACCGCGUCAGUUCCCAGGUGGAGCGGCUGCGCUUCAACUACAAGGUAUCUGUACUGCUACCUGAGUGUGGCUCCGCCUCCUCUCACCUGGAGUCCAUCCUGAACAGCUUCAGCAGCUUCUACCUGAUCAAGCAGCUUCCCCUCUAUGAGCUGCUGGACAAAGACUUCCUGCAGAGCGCCGUGUACCAAGGCAGCGUGUACGGUCUGUCCUUCAGAACUCGGAUCGACGAGGAUAACUGCGUCGCUCUGAUGCCAAAUGGUCACCUGGUGUUCUCUCUGGAUAAGGACGCCUUCGAAACGCUGGGCCUUGAGGGCCGACCUUCCAGAUCCAACAGAACCAGCAGCAGAUACGAGGUAACGGUGGACCUGAGGGAUGGCACCAUGGCCCCUGGUGGGCGGGGCUACUUGAGGCUCCUCCAGGGUCUGACGUCACGCCUGAAGCUGCAGAUGGACUUUCUGAUCUCGCAUCAUCCGGGGGGCAGGGCCUCGCUGCAGCCCCUCCUAUCUCGCUGUGAUUGGUCGGAACACAAACCGGAGGUCUGCCAGCACGCCCUGAGCCACCUGGUCCACCCCACCCUGCGGUCGUGUGAACCCCAUGACCUACUGGAGUGGAUUGGUGCCGUCCACGGCGCCGUCAGCCGUGAGAAUUCAUCCAGCGACUUCCUGUCUACGCUCACCUGUCUGGAACCGGAGGCGACCAUCAGCCGGGUGACGAGCGUGUCGGCCUGCGGACUGCUGCUACCGCAGGACCUGCAGCACCUGGUGGAGGAGCUGAGGUGUCACCUGCAGCAGGCCCAGACAAACUCCUGGGCUUCUGUGACCGUUCACGGCUUCACCGACAGUCCGGUGUCCUGGGGCGACGGCGAGCGCGAUGUCCUGACCGGAGGUCACGACCUCUACAACUUGCUGAUGUUCCCCGAUCACACAUACCGCCUACACCUGGCCGCUGGGGCACAGAACACCUGCCCACCCUGAUGGAUUUCCCUGCCCCCUCCCAACGUCCAGCCGAGCCUCAGAUGGGUCGGUUCUGAUAUGUACUGGAACCAACUGGUCCAGGAUCUGAGUUUGGCCACAAUUUACUGGGAAGAGAACAGUGGACCCGUGUUCUGAACCAUCGGGUUUCCUGAGGACGUCAGUGUUCCUGUCAUCUAAAGCUGUUUAAAUAAAUGGAUCCAAGUUC